AUGGGCAUCAUCCGACGACUCGCUAAGCGAGUGUCUUACUUGCCUAUCGCGUCCUCUCUCGAAAAUGCCUUGAGCGAGAAGGGCGAGGUAAUACCACGGUUUGCCUUUUUCAGACGGCGCAUCAGAUUACGAAGAAACUCUGCCGUCUCAAUUCCUUUAGGUUUCGUUUUAUUAUUCCCAUGUAUUGUAAUUGUUCUUAUCGUUCUUCUCAUUGUCACCCAUCCUUCUUCGUCGGGCGGAAUCCUUGUGCCAGCGGGCACUCCUCCAACGAUAAGGAAAAUCAGCGAGAAGUACGACAAAGUUUUCGCAACCGGCUGCCUCGAGAUUGACACCUCGACCCCGAGAGCAAACGCAGCCUUCGUUGUUUUGGCGCGAAAUAAGGAGAUAGAAGGGGUAAUCCAGUCUAUCAAAUCCAUCGAAAGGCAUUUCAAUCGAUGGUGGCACUAUCCCUAUGUAUUCCUCAACGAUGGGGAUUUCGAUGAACAGUUCAAAGCGACCGUGCGGAAUUAUACCAGCGCCCCAGUCGAAUUCGGUAAAAUCGACUCGACCAUGUGGGGUUACCCUGAUUGGACAGAUCAUGAAGUAGCAAAAGAAGGGAUCCGCAAGCAAGGAGACGCGGCAAUUAUGUAUGGUGGCUUGGAAAGUUAUCAUCACAUGUGCAGAUUCUACUCAGGCGACCCUUUCCUCAAAAUGAUUGAAAAUAACAAGACGUACGGAUUCACGAUCGCCGUCAAAGAACUUCGGGAAACUGUACCCAAUAUUUUCCGUUAUGCUUCCGCUUACAAGCGAAUCAAUAACUUGAAAUCAAAGGGCCUCUGGGAAAUGUUCCUAGAGGAACCUGAGGAGACCGAGCAAAAGCCAAAGGAGGAGAAGCCUGGCGAGAAUUCACUACCAGAUGAGAUUUUGCAGACAGCGCCUGGCGAUGGCGGCAUCCAGGACGUCGAUCCAGAAGCCAUGGAGGGUGAAAAGUAUAACAUGUGUCACUUCUGGAGCAAUUUUGAAAUUGCCCGGCUCGAUUGGUUCCGCAGUAAAGAAUACGAAGACUUCUUUACUAUGAUGGAUCGGAGUGGAGGCUUCUGGAUGGAAAGAUGGGGCGAUGCGCCUAUUCAUUCCCUUGCCGCUGGUGCAUUAUUGUCUCCCAGCGACGUGCAUUACUUCAGAGACUUUGGAUAUCGACAUACCACGAUCCAACACUGCCCAGCAAAUGCCCCGGCCCGGCAGCGUGAUCGAAUUCCCUGGCUGGAAAUGACAACUGAGGAUGAAAAGAAACGGCAAGAAGAGGACGAGUAUUGGGAUACUCCAGAUCCUCCAAAAGAGAAUGGCGUGGGCUGCAGAUGCAGAUGUGACACCGAUAUUGUUGACGUUGAAGGAAAACAGGGCAGCUGUCUGGCCGACUGGGUCAGGGUAGUUGGAGGAUGGGCGUCUCCUUGA